AUGAGUUACAUUCAGAAAAGUCAUGUCGAUUUUAAAUUGGAUUCAUCGUUACUGGAUUCGAAAUUUGAUGGUUAUAAGCUAUCUCUUGAUCCUUUUCCUAUUUACAGUCAUCCUCUUGACCCUCCCGUGCGAGAAUUGCAGACUAGUAAUACUCAGUAUGGAUUUAAGCACAGCAAAUUAUUCAGCGAUAUAAAUUACCUGACGUAUGAUCCAUUUUCAUCCAACUCAACAAACCUUCAUUUUAUGACUGUUUUACAGGAUUUGCAGUUGUGCUUAAUCAGUUUUGAUACACAGACAAAAAAAUUCUUAGUCCGCAAACAUUUACCUCAUAUUGUUAUUCCCACUGUUCAUGACCAGAUAGAUGAUCGAUAUCCAAUUACAAUAUCAUUUCCAAAUGCUAAUUACGCUUUUGUAUCUAAUGGUUUUGGCCAUCUAACACUGUAUAAUACUGGUAAUCGAUGGGAGGAGAGAACAUGGGAGGAAUGUUUGAGUGUUGAUCCGCUUUUAGUUGAUGGUGUAGUUAACUCGUUCGUUAUACUUGAAAGUCGCUGUGUAGAAAACAAGUUUGAUAUAUUGUUGCGAUCUGUUAUACCAGGGAAAAAACCCUCAAGUCAUGGUAAUUUUGUGGACAAGGCAGUUUGGUUAACUGUCGACAAUAAAAAUGGAAAGAUGGAAGUGUCUGGCAUUCGUAGUAUUAUUUGCUCUGGCCAUAUUGAAAUGAUUACAUUCGAUGAAACACCAGAAAGUUUGAUUAUUGUUGCUACUGGCGAAAUAAAUUUCUGUGAAGUUAAAGACUGUGAUUGUAGCGAUAUAAAUAACGAAGAAGAAAGAAAUUCAAAAGUUGAAGCAACACAAUUAAAAAAAAAGUACGCAUGGUCGCAAACAGCUACGGAUGUCACAGCAGUAUUUACUUGCUCUGAAACAGUUUCGAAGAAAGAUAUCUCUUUAUCUUUGAGUGCAACAUCUAUUCAUUUAUCAGUAAAGGAUAUAAUAUUAAUUAGUGGAACACUUGGUGGUUCAGUUGACCCAACAUCGUCAACUUAUACUGUUGAUAAUAACAAAAUUGAAUUGUUUCUGUGCAAAAGUGAAGGAAGUUUGACGAACUGGUUGGAUUUGGUUUUGGGUGAUAACCAGGGCACGUAUGAAAUCGACACAGAUUCUCUAAAUGCUGCAUCGGAAUUACUGGAGCGUUUCACUUGUGAGUCGCAGGUUUCUGUUGGUUUUGGUGAUCAAUCUUUUAAUACGGAGCAAAUGGAAGACUGUGAUGUUAGUGCAGAUGAUAUUUGUAGGAUUUGUUGGCUGAACUGUUCUACUAUGAAAUGGACUCACGAGAGUGAUAUAACUACUCACAAUGUGUUAUUUUCUGUACCUUUAUACAAUGGUCCUCGAUUUUUGUGCAUUCGAAUGGAUGUUGAUGGCAUUUUAUGGAAAUUUACAAAAGGGAGCGAAAAAGUUAAGCAUCAUGCAACAUUUAGCGCACUUGGAUAUGUCCAAGCAUCUAAAAUACAACGAAGAUUCACCACAUGUCCAGCAGAUUGUUCAUAUGCUGUUAUUGUAGAAGCGAAACGGCAUGCAUUUGUAUACUGGCAGCUUGCUUCGAUCACAUCUGACUUGCGUAAUCGGAAAACAAGUAAAAGAGUUGUUGGAGUUGCUAAGCAGCAACUAAUAUCACUUACAAAAGUUGGUACAUCUGGAGAUGUUUGUGCCGUAACGGAAAAUAUUGUUGGUACUUUUGCUGCUGAUGAAUUCCUUUUUAUUUUGACUACUUCUGAUAUUUUCGUUGUGCUUUUAAAAUAUCCUUUUUCUUCGUAA